AUGGCGAUGUGCCCCCCCGCACGCCCUCUCCCCAAGCUGGUCAACAGCCAAGAUGGCAGCUCUGGCCCUAGUACCCCCAUUGGUUUCCAGCGCCCUCACAAUAAGCACUUCGAUCAUGUGGUAGGGUCAGCUCUGCGACAGCCUUCGCCCCAGCCUACUCAUCUGGGAGUGCCGGGCACUCCCCACCGAGUGCUUUCCGAGGAGGACCCUGGUUACGUCGCUGCCACUUUCGAGGGCAAGCAGAAACAGAUGGAGCAAGUGAUGGAUCAAUUGGAGGAGAAGGGCUUCUUUCCUAGUGAUUUUGUCGUUUCUGAAACCACCUGGUUUUACAACAUGCUGGGUAUCGACGACACCUACUUCCAAACCGAGACCGUAGAUGCCAUUGUGACUCAGAUCCUUUCUCUUUAUGCGGCCAAGGUCGCGGCCUAUGCGCGGGAUGACAAGCAACUGGAAAUCCGCCUCGACAAAGAGGCUGAAGACCACGCCGUCUAUAUCGACACCAGUAGGCCUGGUGUGUCCUCCAUGCACGGUCCUCGAUAUGAGCAGCGUAUCGACGAAAAGUACCUGAACACCUCAAAGGGCUCGGAAAGCUAUCGUCAGCUUCGUUGCUACUUCGUCUACAAGUGCCAAUUCGCCAAUCCCAACCCCUCGCCGAACGAGACCAACAUUGAAAUCGUCGGCGAGAAGCGUUUCUUGCAAAAGGCGACUGAAAACACCAAGGCGAUUUACCAGGAGAUCAUCACCACCGCCGUGGGCCGCACUGGUCCUGUGAUCGAAAUGUUCGAGAUCGAAGGUAGUCGCGAGAAGCGAUUGGUAAUUGCCUACCGCCAGGGCUCUGCCAUGGGUUUCUUCAGCGCUUUGUCCGAUUUGUACCAUUACUACCGCUUGACUAGCUCCCGGAAGUACGUGGAGCAAUUCUCCAAUGGUAUCACUGUUAUUUCAGUGUACCUUCGUCCUUCCAGCAAUGCUGAGGUUUCCUCGCGAUACCCCCCCAUCGAGGCCGCGAUCCACCAGAUUAUGAAGGAGGCCUCUCUCCUGUACUGUAUCCCCCAGAACCGAUUCCAGGGCCACUUCGCUACUGGUCGACUCAGCUUGCAAGAGACCAUCUAUGCUCACUGUGCGUGGGUGUUUGUACAGCAGUUCCUCAACCGUCUUGGCUCAGAAUACAACUCUCUUGCAGCCUUGCUGGACUCCAACAACAGUGUUCACGCAGAGCUGCUUUCCAAGAUCAAGAAGCGCCUGCGCACAGAGACUUUCACUGCCGACUACAUCUUCGAGAUCAUCAACAACUACCCCGAGCUGAUUCACAAGCUCUACCUUGAUUUCGCCAAUACCCACUAUGUGCAGACUCAGGGUCCCAACGGCGAUGAUUUCUUGCCUACUCUCAGUUACCUCCGUCUGCAGGUGGACGAGGUGCUGGACAGCACAAAGCUGAAGCAGUUGAUCCGGAGCACCACCAUGAACGAACAUGACGAGAUGGUCAUGACUUCGUUCCGUGUCUUCAACUCCUCCAUUCUGAAGACCAACUUCUUCACUCCCACUAAGGUGGCCUUGAGUUUCCGUCUGAAGCCAGACUUCUUGCCAGAGCAUGAGUACCCUCAGCCUCUCUACGGUAUGUUCUUGGUUAUUAGCUCUGAAUUCCGCGGCUUCCACCUGCGAUUCCGAGACAUCGCGCGUGGAGGCAUCCGAAUCGUCAAGAGUCGAAAUAAGGAGGCAUACGGCAUCAACGCUCGCUCGCUAUUCGACGAGAACUAUAACCUUGCCAACACUCAGCAGCGCAAGAACAAGGAUAUUCCCGAGGGCGGUGCAAAGGGUGUCAUCCUCCUGGAUGUGGCCCACCAGGACAAGGCGCGGGUCGCCUUCGAGAAGUACAUCGACAGUAUUCUUGACCUCCUUCUGCCCCCCGUGAGCCCCGGUAUCAAGGACCCUAUUGUCGAUCUUCACGGCAAAGAUGAGAUCCUGUUCAUGGGUCCUGAUGAGAACACUGCCGAGCUGGUUGACUGGGCUACCGAGCACGCUCGUGCUCGUGGUGCUCCUUGGUGGAAGUCCUUCUUCACCGGGAAGAGCCCCAAGCUGGGCGGUAUCCCUCACGACACUUACGGCAUGACCACCCUCUCGGUCCGCCAAUACGUGCUCGGAAUCUACCGCAAGCUCAACAUUGAUCCUUCCACCAUCCGCAAGCUGCAGACCGGUGGCCCCGAUGGUGAUCUGGGUUCCAAUGAAAUUUUACUGUCCAACGAGAAGUACUGUGCUAUUGUCGACGGAUCCGGAGUCAUUGUCGACCCUCAAGGUCUGAACCACGAGGAGCUCCUGCGCUUGGCCAAGAAGCCUCUCCCCGAGGGCUACCGCGUUCUGGUGGACGAGGUGAACGUGAAGCUUCCCAGUGGUGAGAUCGUACACAACGGUAUGAUGUUCCGGAACACCUUCCACUUGCGCCACGUUGAGAAGUUCGACACUUUCGUCCCCUGUGGUGGUCGCCCCGAGUCAAUUGAUCUUUCAACUGUCGGCAAGCUUAUUCAAGACGGCAAGGCUAUUGUUCCGUACAUUGUCGAAGGUGCCAACUUAUUCAUUACCCAGGACAGCAAGCUCCGCCUGGAAAAGGCUGGCUGUAUCCUGUUCAAGGACGCUUCCGCCAACAAGGGUGGUGUUACUUCGUCAUCUUUGGAAGUUCUCGCCUCGCUUUCUUUCGACGAUGCCGAGUUCGUGGCCAACAUGUGUGUUGGUGAGGACGGUGCUGUGCCAGAGUUCUACCAGGCCUACGUGAAGGAGGUCCAGGAAAUCAUCAAGCAAAACGCCACUCUCGAGUUCGAAGCCAUUUGGCGCGAGCACGAGCAGACCGGUGUAUUGCGCAGCGUGCUCAGUGACCGUCUCAGCCUCGCCAUCACCAAGCUGGAUGAGGAGCUCCAGCAAACCGAGCUCUGGCACAACGUGGCUCUCCGCCGCUCUGUGCUUGGAGACGCUCUACCGCGUCUUCUUCUGGAUAAGAUCGGAUUGGAUAAGAUCCUGGAACGAGUUCCCGAGAACUACCUUCGUGCCAUCUUCGGUAGCCACUUGGCUAGCCGAUUCGUGUACGAGUAUGGCAACAAUCCCAGCCAAUUCUCCUUCUUUGACUUCAUGACCAAGCGUUUGCAAAAGAUCCAGUCAUAG